CACUAGGCGUCCACUCCUCCGGUGCAUCCCCUAGGCGUCAGAGGCAGGCAGGGAGCGGUGGGCAGGUGGUCUGAGUGACGAUGUGUUCUUUCGUGAGAGUACACUCUCCCAAGGGGUUGAAAACUUCCCUGGAGCCAAGUACAGCUCUCCCGUUAGAGCUGAACGCCCUUGGAAGAACGCAGGUAUCUGAGGGGAAACUUCCCCUGAGCAUGGAAUUCGCAAAGGAUGAUUCAGGAGACCAAAGGGUCUUUACGGGAACAACAUCUCCCGCGCAGUUAGGGCUUAACAUGGGAUUAGCACAAGAAGAUUCCCAGUGGAGGGAGAGCCGUGUAGUUAGCAAUAAAUGUAAGGAAAAGACAGAAUUACUAGAAACAAAAUCUCCUGUUGGCAAGGAGCUUGAAAUGAGAUUGAGAAACAGGGCUAUUUCUAGGACCCUUGCGGAGAGGGGCAAUCUAGGCUUCAACGGGGUCUCCGCUUUCCAGGAAACAAAACCCCUGGGUGUGCUUCCAGGGAGGGGGGCGGGGUCAGAGAAUGAGUGUUGUGUGUCGCAUGGUCCCUACGGAAGGCUAGCACAGCCUGCCUUGGGCGUGGUGUGUGGAGGUCCACAGGCUACGGGGAACAGAGAAGGUCCUAUGGCGAGUGGCCCCGAAGCAAUAGAGCCCUCCACGGGAAAGCAGCCUGUUUUAGGCUUAGAAGGGAGACGGGGGCUGGAGAAAGAAUCCACCUGCGCUGUGGUGAAACCCAGCACGGAGGUGAACCCCCCAGUGGAGGUGGACAUUGGCCUACCCCAAGUUGAGCAGUCAGAUGAGGCUAGUAUAGAGCCCCAGAUGGGCUUGGUGAUAGAACCUUCCCAGUGCCAGUUUGCCCAACACCCCAAAGAGGCCGGAGCUCUCGUACCAGGAGUGGAAUCGCCAGACUGCAUCAGACCCAUAUACGCUGGGAAAUUUUUUGAUCGGAUGCCCUGCUGGCCAACUGCAGGGAAAGUUACUCCAAUCGGAUACAGAGUUGCAACUUGCUUAACUGAGAAACUCCCUAGGCUGCUUACUCCACCAGAGGCAAAAAAGUAUUUCAACUUCAGGUAUCCACCUCCUGGAGCAGAGAGAGUAUUUUAUGGCAAAGCAAAUGAUCCCCAAAUUGCACCUUCCUUGACACAUGGAAUAAAAUCUAAAAUUUCAAUACAGGCAAAUACAUUGAUAAACCCACAGCCUAUCACCACAUUUCAACAGAAACUUAAAGAUAAAAAAGAGUCUAUAUAUUAUAGCAAUCAGUGGGCACCAUUAGGAAAAUCUCACGAUCAAACACCGGGAUUACCUAAAGGACUGGACAUAACCAAUACAACAUUUGGGACACCAGUCAUCAGAGAACUCUCGGCUAGAGAAGUAGUGAAUCCACCAAAAUCCUAUGAGGAAGUAUUUAAAGAAGGAAAAGAAGGACAUGAUUUGUAUGUUGUUUCUCAUAACGAUUACUAUGUGGGAGAAGCAAAGAACCGAAAGUAUAACCCGUCAAGUUUCCAUCGGUUUAACUUAUUUGGAGUCCCUACACCACAUUGUAAUGCUGGAAAAAAUACUGCAAAGAGUUUAUAUUGGCUUCAUGAACUGCAAAUGAAAAGAGGAGCUAAAGUUGUGUCCAAGAGAGUUGAUGAUUUUAAAGAAAAGUUUCAGCAUACACUUGGAAAAGUUUUAGAUCCCAUUGCAGAAACAAUGAAUGCUCCUCCAGGCCACACAUUUGGAGCUUGUCUCUCUCCUGAGGACUAUGGAGCUGAUGAUCUCAUCUAUAAUAGGCUCCCAGGACAGUAUCUUCGAGGGAAGGACAGAAAGCGUGCCCUGAUUGCUGCAGUUCGAUAUCACUUGAAGAAAUUUAAUUACCAGAACUUUGACACUUUGCUGGCAGCCUUCAGGCACUACGACAAGAAGGGAGAUGGAAUGAUAGACAAAGCAGAGCUGCAGGAAGCUUGUGUCCGGGCCAACUUGCACUUAAAUGAGACGCUCCUCACCCAGCUGUUUGACGAGUGUGAUAUGGAUCAUGAUGGCUUCAUUAACUACCUGGAAUUUGCAAAUUUUCUUAACUGGAAAGAUAGUAUACCUCUUAAACAGUAUGAAGAGAGGGUCGUUAUUAAAGGUAGAAAGCCAGACUGCGCAAACCCUGCUGAGGCGAAUGUGGAGGAGUCCGAACCAACUCUUCUGAUAAAGCCUGACGAUAUUGUCUUAAAAGAACGAGGGAGCUCAGAAAAGGUUCUUCGGACACUUCAGAGGCCAAGUGACAAAGUGUCUCACUGCUAUAAGACAAGCUCUUCUGAGAUCAACGCAGCUGUAGGAGCUGUUCCUUCUAUCUGCCGAGGUUACCCCAUCCAUGGUGUGCCAACUAUCCGAUCUGACAUUCCUGCCCCUCGCAUUCGCCGCAUCAGUGACAGAACUAAUUAUGGCGAAGAAGGCAACGCUUAUUCUUUACUACAUCCUACCAUCUUUGCCCAGAAAGGAGUGUUUGAAAGAGACUUCUUCAAGACCAGAUCCAAAGAAGAGAUUGCAGAGAUACUGUGUAACAUUGGCGUCAAGCUUUCUGAAGAAGAAUUUGAAAAUGUGUGGAAUCUUGCAUCAAAAAAACAUCACAGAGGAGAAGUUUGUGUUGAGAACAUCAGAAAUGUUCUUGAUGAACUACAGCAUGCAGACUGGAUCAAGUGUAAAAAAUCCAUGUGAUAUUUUUGGAAUUCAUGAGUUUAAAUAAAAGAAUUGUUAAAUCUGUGUACAA